GUACUACCAUAAUCAGAAUACAUGCUCUUGCUAUCGAGAAAGGUAUCGUCUUUGUCAAUCUCAAUAACGUCACCAUCAUUAUUCCCUGUUUCUCUCUCUAGACUGACGAACAUGACUUCAAUCAACAACAGCGACGGGGCUUUAUCCAGGCUAGCGCUGUUAGCUCGGCAGCUUCGCCUCUACAAGCGGCCGCCGUCGCCGGGUUUUGAUGGUGAUGGUGAUGAUGAUGGUGAUAAGGGGGUUUCUCAAGUGGGUUUUCCGGAAUCCGUGACCUCUGUCGCUGAUCAGCCGCCGGAAAAAUUUAUCUCAAAUAGAGCUGCUGUUUUGAUUUGCCUUUUUGAAGGGAAGAACGAUGAUGGUGAUGGUCUUCGUGUGAUUCUUACUAAACGAUCUUCUGGGCUCUCUACUCAUUCAGGUGAAGUUUCAUUGCCCGGAGGAAAAGCAGAGGAAGAUGAUGUAGAUGAUGCUGACACAGCAACAAGGGAAGCAAAAGAAGAGAUAGGGCUCAACCCUUCACUUGUAAAUGUAGUGGCAAUUCUUGAACCAUUCUUGUCUAAGCACCUUCUCAGAGUAAUUCCAGUUAUUGGCAUACUUUCUGAUCAAAAUGCAUUCACUCCAACUCCCAACAUUGCCGAAGUAGAUGAUGUCUUUGAUGCUCCUUUAGACAUGUUUCUCAAGGAUGAAAAUCGAAGAUCUGAAGAAAGAGAAUGGAUGGGAGAUAGGUAUCUGGUUCAUUACUUCGACUAUGAAACGGGUGGUAAGAAGUAUAUGAUUUGGGGUCUUACUGCUGGGAUUUUGAUUCGAGCUGCAUCAAUUGUGUACCAAAGACCACCAGCUUUCCUUGAACAGAGUCCCAAGAUUCCUAGAGUCCUAAACAAGGGCACUAUAUUGCCUUAAAACUUUUACUGCAACCCUCACAUGGUCUUUUUUUCUUACUUUACCCAAAUAAAACACCAUCCACCUGGAUUCGUUGACCUUUUAUUAUCAUUCUGUCUAUAUGAUUUCAAGACCAUGCCCCAAUGGGAAUCCAUAUAAAAUUUGGUGGAUCAUCUUGCAGAAUUUCUCAGGUUGGUCACUUUUUACAUGGGUUCCACCUUUCUGUUACCAUCUUUAUAUAAGCCUAUAUUUUCACAGAUUUAAAUAUGGACUUCCCAAGAAGUUAUUAACCUUCUUGACCGAUGCAUUUCAGUUUUUUUCUCUCUGUAUUUUCACUUGAUGUCAGAUGUAUCACGCUACUAUUACUCGACAUCACUUUUCUCCAGAGUGCUUUUUACUUGUGUGACCUAUUUGCUGUACAUUAGUCUUAAAUGUUCUUGUUAUUGUAGUUGCAUGUAGUAUGUACUGUGCUUCUUUUGUUUUAUAUUUCAUGUCCCCUUGUUUGUG